GCGGAGGUGCUGAGAGCCGGUCCUGCCGUGGGAGCGAUGGCCGCAGGGAAGCACCCGGCCGUGCUGGACUCCGGGAGUCCGCGCAAGCCGUGGCGACUGCCCGCCGACGGACACCCCGCACCGGGCUGCUACCUGAGGUAAAUUUUUCCAUAACCUUAUGGAGAAAAAGGACUUUGAAGCAUGGCUUGAUAACAUUUCUAUUGCAUUUCUUUCUCUGACGGACUUGCAGAAAAAUGAAACUCUGGAUCACCUGAUUAGCUUGAGUGGAGCAGUCCAGCUCAGGCACCUCUCCAAUAAUCUAGAGAUUCUACUCAAGAGGGACUUCCUCAAACUUCUUCCAUUGGAACUUAGUUUUUAUCUGUUAAAAUGGCUUGAUCCACAGACCUUACUCACAUGUUGCCUCGUCUCUAAGCAGUGGAACAAGGUUAUAAGUGCCUGUACAGAGGUGUGGCAGACUGCGUGUAAGAAUUUGGGUUGGCAGAUAGAUGACUCUGUUCAGGAUCCUCUACAUUGGAAGAAGGUUUACCUAAAAGCUAUUUUAAGGAUGAAGCAACUGAAGGACCACGAAGCCUUUGAGACAUCCUCUUUAAUUGGACACAGUGCCCGAGUAUAUGCACUUUACUAUAAAGAUGGACUUCUGUGCACAGGAUCAGAUGACUUGUCUGCAAAACUGUGGGAUGUAAGCACAGGUCAGUGCAUAUAUGGUAUCCAGACACACACUUGUGCUGCAGUGAAGUUUGAUGAACAAAAGCUUGUAACAGGAUCUUUUGAUAACACAGUAGCCUGUUGGGAAUGGAGCUCUGGGGCAAAGACACAGCAUUUCAGAGGACAUACUGGUGCAGUUUUUAGUGUGGAUUACAAUGAUGAACUUGAUAUUCUGGUCAGUGGCUCUGCAGACUUCACUGUGAAAGUGUGGGCCUUAUCAACAGGAACGUGCCUGAAUACCCUUACUGGACACACAGAAUGGGUCACUAAGGUCGUUUUGCAGAAAUGCAAAGUCAAAUCGCUUAUGCAUAGUCCUGGGGAUUAUAUUCUCCUAAGUGCAGAUAAGUAUGAAAUCAAGAUUUGGCCUAUUGGAAGGGAAAUAAACUGCAAAUGCUUAAGAACAUUGUCUGUUUCUGAAGACCGCAGCAUCUCCCUACAGCCUAGGCUGCACUUUGAUGGUAAAUACAUAGUGUGCAGUUCAGCACUAGGAUUAUACCAGUGGGACUUUGCGAGCUAUGAUAUUCUCAGGGUUAUCAAACCUCCAGACUUCUCAAAUGUAUCAUUGCUGGGCUUUGGAGAGAUAUUUGCUCUACUGUUUGACAACAGAUACCUGUACAUAAUGGACUUGAGGACAGAAAAACUGAUAAGCCGCUGGCCUUUACCAGAAUAUAGAAAGUCAAAGAGAGGUUCAAGCUUCUUGGCCGGUGAAAUGUCUUGGUUAAAUGGACUAAAUGGCCAAAAUGAUACAGGCUUGGUUUUUGCCACCAGUAUGCCAGACCAUAGUAUCCAUUUGGUGUUAUGGAAAGAACAUGGCUGAAAAGCUCACACAUACAGAAUCUUCAGGAAUUUAUGGCCUAUCAGCAGUGUGUCCAUAAAAUGAGACUUUGCAUGAACCAAAGUUGCACAUCCAAUGGUAUCAUCAUGCAAUGCACAAUCAUCUACUUUUAUUUGGGCAUUUGGGAAUGGGUUGUUUUGGAAAUAAUGCAAUGCAGCAUGCUAACAGUAUUCACCACAAAAUUUUGUCUAUAUUCAUGUUUAAAUAUACCUGUUUGGCCUCUGAAGUAUAGCUUGUAAUGUUUAAACCAUUCAAAUCUGCUACCAAGUCUGAAAUCAAGUUGUGCUUGACCUGACUUCUGACCUUUUUUUUUAUUGAAACAGAAGGUGAAGCUAGUUUUAGAACCAUAGGCUUUUGUACAUCUAAUAGCAAAUACUGGUUGCAGUGCAUGGCUGCUUAACAAAAAUGAGAAAACAGCAAACCCUCUCUCUCUCCAGAAUCUUUCUCUUCAAAAUGUUUUUCCAUAUGAUAGCUUUAAAUACUAGCCUUUGAACCAGAAGAAUCAAACGAGUUCUUUAACAAAUAUUUGUCCACACAUUUUUGUGCUAUUUGACAUGCACUUAAAAGCUGCAUCUACAUCACAUGCUUUAGAAAUGCUUUAGGUUGAUCCACCUUCCUUCCUCCCUCCCUCCCGCCUUAAUGUAAUUUUUUUUUACACAACUAGAAAAUGUGAGUUUUCAUGAAGCUUAUGCUCAUGCCCUUCAGAGGACAAAACUGUCUAGCAUUACCAGUGUGAUUUUUUCUUCCCACUAUUCAAGGAGACCUGAUUUCAUACUUAAUACUGAAUGAAGGCCAUGAUUCCCAAAUGUUUGUGGUAUGAGUUACACCAAUGAAGGGGAGUUUUCAUAUGCAAGAAUCAGUAUUUCAGGAUGCCGUAGGAGUAGCUUAAAGUCACAGUGGAGCAGUCUCUUAAAUACAAGGCCAGACUCUUAAGCACUCAGUUUUUCCACCUUUAGUCGCAUCAAUUUACUUUGAAAAAUGUUGUCUGUACUCAAGGAUUUUAUCAACUGGAAGCCAAAUUCAUAACUCUCAAUUCAAACUGCACUGUGUGGGGCAUAAAUGAUGAGCUCACAAAAGUGAGCUUUUGUUGUCUCACUCCUAAGUGAAGAAAGCUUCCGUGAAAAAGAAUGUUUCCAAUAACUUAACUUCAGUAACUCGUCUUGAAACCCAGUUCUCAUCAUUCCUAAUGUGGGAGUAACAUAACUGUAUCAUUAUGAUGUGUGCUUCUAAAGGAACCACCUAUGCAGCACUGCAUUAACUUUGAAAGAUUAAAUAGAGGCGUGACAGAAAUGUCCUUGUUUCCAAAUCAGCAAAUCAGGAAAUCUUGGUUAACUACUUCUUUUAGUGACCUUGAUUAUAUAGAGUCCACAGAGAGGUGGAGCACAAGAUGGCUGAGAAACAGACCCAAGCUGAGCCCUCCAGACGGGAAGGUGUGCUGGGCAUGGGAUGUGGAGGCACUGCUACUGUCUCCAGCUAACUAGUAAGCUAUAAAGAAAACAGUGUCAGACUCAUUUUGGCAUCUUGCAGCAAGACAAUGGUCAGUGGUUCUUGUGACGAGAGGAAUUCUCCACAGUGAGUUUAGUUUAAGACUGAAACAGGUUGCCCAGCCUUCCUAGACAAAGCCCUGAGCACACCAUGCUGUAAGCAGGGAGCUGGACUUUCAGCUGCCCCUUCUAAACGACGAGUCUGAACUUCUUAAUGGACCUGUUGCCACACAAGAUUGUAUGACUGACAGGAGCAGGCAUCUCAGAUCCUAAUACAGCUGCAAGUUUGUUGAGACAGACUGGGAGAUGGUGCAGUCACUGUGGAUCGAAGUAGAAGUUCCCUUUGGACAUUGCUAAUGAUACUAUUCCACUAAUGACAGAGCUCUUUAAGGGCACAGGUAUGUGCUGCUACCAAGUAGAUAAAGGAAUGAAAGCAUGACACUAAUGCAGAAAUUUUAAAAAGCAUACUUGGCUCUCACACACACUUCUGUCUGUCGGACACCAGUGUCAGGCUAUCGCUGCCUUCAGAUGUGCCUUCAGGAGGAAGGUUCUAGUAUACUGCAACAACAUAUGCAAUGCAUGUAGUUCUGGGGUCUUAUCAAACAGAAACUGAAACUGUGAAACUGAAACUGUGAAACAAAAAUGACCAAAUGGUUUUUCUGUUUGCUUUGGUUUCCAUCCAGCCCUUCAGCAAGUCACUACUUAGCACUAUUUCCAGAUAGACUUAAGAAAAAAUGCAGCUUCUGUACCCUUACACUUACCAAGGAAGCAAUGUAAUUCAACUUACCCAUCACAUAAAGGACUAUAAUCCAACUUGUGUCUAAAUGUCACAAAAUAUUUGCCUACGAGGCUUCAAGGUGCCAGAAAAAAAAACCCAACAAAAUAUUACUUUUCAUAAAAGUUGUUUGGCCAUCUAUUUUUUCCUCCUCGAAAUAGGUUCUUUUUGGUUCACAAAAGUAUCUUUUUCGUUAAGAUGAAUCUCUCUCCCUUACCUCUAUUAAAGCUUUCCGACACAACUCAGCAUUUACCACUUCAGUAAUUCAGGAACAGGUGCAAUGACUCUUCUCAAACUUACAUGUCUCCAAAGCCCAGUUUAACAAGACAUUUUUUAUCAGCAAAGCUCCAAUGGCUGUGUUUAGUGUUACAAUCCAUCACAUAUUUAACAUACACUAUUUCCAAGAAUAUAAGGGGUAAUUUUUUUACAACUAAAAGGAAGAUUGUACUCAAUUACUUGUCUACCUUUUACUCAAAUUGAUGCAUACAAAUUUAGUACCCAGUGACAUACAAACUGUAAGAAUUAAGCAAUGCUACCUUUAAUACUAAUGAUUGUAUUUGUACUUUUUGUACAUAGGUUGAAAACUAUUUUGCAUUAUUUGAAUCAGUUGACAAAUACUGAUUUUUAUUAUUAACUGAAAACAAAUUGUACAUUUCCCAGAAGAGAUGCUGCAAUCUGCAUUGACCCUUGGUAUCAUUAAGUGAUUCAUGGCUUUGCUAUAUAUUCCCUAAAUAAUUGCAGAAAAAUGUAGACUCCAUGUGAAAAUCAAUGUAAUGUGAUUUUUAAAUUAUAUCCUCUGUCUUCCCACAAUACAGAUAGCCCUCCACUUUCACUCCUUAUAACUGAGGUUUCAAUUUUGAGUUUGCAGCAUGGUUUGAGACAGAACCUUGUUAACGUUCAUGAUUAAUGAUAAGUUAUAUCUCCACAGUGUUGUAUCCCUGAUGAGAGAUUCUCUGGGAAGGUUUCUUUGAAGGGCCUUCCGACAGUGAUAAAUGAGGGCAACAUCCAUGGGAACAUACACGCUCUUCCCAUAAGCACGUAGGACAGAAUGGACUGAAGUCUGAACCACCUUUCGUGGAUCAACUAUCAUUUUCCUGGGAUUCAUUACAUUUUUCAAGUCAGGCUCUCUGUAUACAUGCUGUAAUAUGUUAACACCUGGCACAGUAUUCCAAGAUGAAAUGUUGAACGUGUGAGAAGAUAUGGUUUCUGGGAAGAUAUGGUUCUCAAAGAGGAAAACACUAGUCCCUGGGUUUUGCUCCUGAAGACUGUUCAUCAUUGUUUUCCAGUUUGGGUGUUUAAGGGGAAGAAUUAUUUCAUCAGCAUCAAUUAGGACCACAAACUUGCUCCUUUCCAUGUUACGGUAUAUACAGUCAUUUAGAGCUGUGAUUUGUCCAUAGUAGCCAAUGUGUGUCCCGUCUUGCAUGAAGCGCCAUGCAGAAGAAACCCUGAGAUGUGAGUUUAUUGGCCAGGGAAUUACCUCAACAGUUCCUUCUUCUAUAUAAAACUUCAAGACUUUCUCCAUCAGAUGGCUGCAGUUGUUCUUAUAGAUCACCACUUUCUGUACUCCAAGAAUCUUAUACAUUUCCAUACUCUGUAUAAACUGCAAGACAUUGUUGUAGUUUCCAAACAUGGCAGAAAUGCACACGGUGAAGUCAACAGAAAAGGUCUCAUGCUUGCGAUUUUUAAUUUCAAACCUCAGCAGCUGGUCAGUAUUUACAUAUGGAGACUGAUGAACUGAUACAUGUGUUGGAUCACAAUUUUUAGGUUCCAAACAAACUAUAUCUGCUGCACCAUAAGGGAAUCCAAAUCUAUCUGAGUGAACAUCAAUUUUUGCUUUUGAUACAUAUAUCUUUCCAUUGGCCUGACAGCAGAACCAGCAGUACAGUUGUUUUACAUCUUCAUGGUGAACAAUCCCAAUCAGACGAGUGACUUUGCUUUCUCUGUCAUCAAAGUAUGGGGAUAUAAUAAAAGUUUUGUUACCUUCUAAUGCUGUUAUUGUGCUAAUGGCAAUUUUCCCUCUACAUCUUCUACCUUCUUGAAUUACUCUUGGCUGAUGAGAAAGACUCUGUAACUUCAGAUAAGAAACUGCAAGCAUUGAAGUUAUAGUCAUAAUGCACACAGCAGCAGCAAAGUAAGAUUUUUUCCCAGCACACAACAUUUUGAACGGAUCUAAAUGUCCAUGCAAAUUUCUUUGUCCUUGUAAUUUAUGCUGCCUUAUCUGCAGAAAAGAAAAGGCAGUAUGAGAUAAUACUCACAAUCAUUGCUCAAGAAUUUUACAAACAAGAUUAGGGUAAGUCUCUAUCAUGGUGCAGUGACUUACUCAGAGACUCAGCUACUGUGCUUUUAUGAAAAUCUAGUCACAGAACAUGCAUUUAAUGAUAUGUAUGAUAUGUGACACUCUGAAUGCCUCUAUUUGUCAGAUGUGUGGAGCAGUUUCUCUACAUGGAGGGUUCUGUAUAAGAACAAAACAGAGGUCUA